UGCCCGACUCCCCGUUCAUCGACCAGCCAUCGCCUACUUGGCGCGGUUUCUCCAUUUUUAGCUUCCGAUAAAAACGAUAACAACACAAUUGCAUCGAUCCUUCGUCCCAUUUCUCCUCCUCCCGUUGCGUCGUCGCCGAGCCGGAGCUCGUCUAGCCGUCGAUGACCUCGGGAUUCGGCCUCCUGCCGGACGGUAUCGGCAACACGUAGCUCCUAUGUCCAUUCCCUAGGCCUGACGGAGAACCAAAUCCGACGUAUCCGCGGCCUAGGGUUCCCCCCCGUUUCGCCCCAUCGUUUCUUUUUCGCCGAGAUAUCAAAAGGUUGCAAGGUAAAAUGUAUGAAAACUCUCUUCCUCAUCAAAUUACUGAUUCGAAUCAGAGGAUCACUGAGGGAGGUGGCCCGCCAAAGCGGUUAUAUCGAGUGUGGAAAGGAAGCAAUAAAUUCUGUUUUGGUGGGAGACUUAUAUUUGGUCCAGAUGUCAGAUCUUUAAUGCUCACAGUGCCUCUUAUUGUUGUCCCAGUUAUCUUCUUUGUGUUAUUUGUUUCGGACAAGUUGGUGAACGAGUUUCAACAUCACUUGGGAAAAUUUAUUGUUGAUUUUGCUGUUGUCUUUGCUGCUUAUGAUGUUGCAAUGCUAUUUCUCACUUCAGGCAGAGAUCCAGGGAUUGUUCCUCGCAAUGCACAGCCUCCUGAACUGACAGAUUUUGAUAGCGCCUCCCCUAGAUUCGCAGAGUGGUCAGGAGCUUAUACUGGUUCAAGUUUGCCACUGACCAAGGAUGUAUUUGUUAAUGGAAUUGUUGUGAAAGUCAAGUAUUGCAAUACGUGCAUGCUUUAUCGCCCACCUCGUUGCUCCCAUUGCUCAAUUUGCAACAACUGUGUGGAACGCUUCGAUCAUCAUUGCCCUUGGGUCGGCCAGUGUAUUGGAAGAAGGAACUAUCGUUUCUUCUUUAUGUUUGUCACGUCCACGACAUUACUAUGUCUAUACGUAUUUUCCUUUUGCUGGGUUAACCUCACAAAGAUCAUGGGAGCAUAUCACUGCAAUCUUUGGCAAGCUGUUCUGCAAUCACCUGUUUCGGGCAUCCUCAUCAUUUAUACAUUCAUAGGAGCUUGGUUUGUUGGAGGCUUGACAGCUUUUCACCUUUACUUAGUUUGCACCAAUCAGACAACAUAUGAGAACUUCAGGUAUCGUUAUGAUGGCAAAAAGAAUCCAUAUAACCAUGGAUGCAUUCGUAAUGUCAAGGAGAUCCUUUUCUCAGAAAUCCCUAAAUCCAUGAAUAAUUUCAGAGCAAUGGUGAAAGAGGAUUCAUCCAGGUUCUCUUCAUCAAAUUCUAUGGGGAGAGCUAUUAGUCCCCCUAUUAUGAAGCCAGACUUCGACCUGGAGAUGGGUGUCAAACGGCACAAUGUUGCUGCAGACGAGCUCGACGACCUGCAGAAUCAGUUUCAGCUUGGAGCACUAGAAAGAUGCGACUUCGGGACGCCACGUUCAGACUUUUCUACAGACAAAAGCAAUCAGGAAACACCGAAACAUGUUAGAGAAUAUGAAAUGGACCACCAUUGGGAGAAGAAACAAGACACGGAGAGCUUUUCUGCUGAGUUCAGGAUGGUACAUGGAUAUAUUGACAGAGUAUCGAACCAUGAAUUGGCUUGAUAAGCCAGUUGACAAACAGUUGGUGAUCAUUUGGUUUCGAUCCAAAAGGGGGAAAACAACAGUUGCAAAUCCAGCUAAAUGGAAGUGGACCUCGGAACUGGCAGACAGCGGAAGCAGCAUGCAAGGACACUUGCCUGUAAUUUUCAUUAUUCUUGAGUUUGGAUAGACACUAACACAGACAUGGAGUUUAUACGUUUGUAAAUGAAUGCAUCGAUCGCUGUUAAUAAUAUCCACAUUUUGUUUCAUACAAUUGUACAUUGCCAAUGGAGCCUUUCUAGAAACAUCUUUAGCGAUAUUUUAUUUUAAGAUAAAUUAUGUGAACAUUCUAUGUACUAGUGUAUUUUGUUAGUAUUC